AGCAGCCACCGCGAUUAGGUAACUAUGGCGGACAACCCCGAACAUUCUGAUCGAGUUGCCCAAUUUUGCGGCGUCACUGGGAUUGACAGCUCUCGGGCAAAGUUCUACUUGGAGUCUGCAGGAUGGAAUUUAGAAUUAGCCCUAGCUUCCUUCUACGAGGAUAAGGACCAUGCCCCACAACGCGAAGCAUCACCAGUUCAGGAGGAGUCGCCUAGAACAAGCCCGGGACCAGUUCGAAACACUGUUCGCAGGUUAGCUGGAAUUGCCGACCUAGCCAAAGAGCAAAGCAAUGAAGAAGAAGGCCAAGCCUUUUAUGCAGGUGGUUCUGAAAGAAGUGGACAGCAGGUGCUUGGACCUGGCAAAAAGGAAGUCAACUUCGUGGGUGAACUUUUCAAAGCUGCGAAGAUGCACGGUGCCCAAGUCGUGGACCCUAGCGAUUCCUUACCAGGAGCGACUCGACGGGCCACCUUCCAAGGCAAGGGGUACCGUUUGGGGUCGGCGCCAGACGAUGCGCAAGUUACCGUCGAACCGGCAUCGCAUCCUGCUCAGGGCACUCCUACCACGAUGACUCUCAAAAUGUGGAGCAACGGCUUUAGCAUUGACGACGGACCACUCCGACACUACGACGACGUUGCGUCGAGGGAUUUUCUCCAGUCCAUUCAGCGGGGGGAAAUCCCCCACGAGCUUCUAAUGCGUGCUACGGGAGAAGUAAACCUCAACAUGGAAGACCACAGGCACGAAGAUUACAUCGCUCCGCGGCGCAGGGUAACGGCAUUUGAAGGAGAGGGGCAUCGCCUUGGAACAGUUCUCCCCGGAGUCGUUCAGAAGCCCCCCUCAACAUCGGAACCCGGAGGUGAAGAUGCUGCACGAAAAGCUGUUCCUCUUGACGCUUCUCAACCCUCGACCAGUAUACAAAUUCGACUUGCGGAUGGUUCAAGGAUCGUUGCCAAGCUGAACGACACCCAUACAAUUGCAGAUGUCCGCAACUACAUUGUGGCUGCACGGCCAGAAUACGCAGGAUCCACGUUUGUCCUGUUGACCACGUUUCCUCACAAGGAGCUGGAAGACGAGAAGGCCUCCCUGAAAGACGCGAACCUACUGAACGCCGUAAUCGUACAGCGAUUAAACUGCCGAGAGUGAACCACGUUGAAGCAACUCUGUUGUGCGGCCGCGAGGAAAUGCCGUUCCCGGAGCUCAGCACGUUUGUACUUCUUGCAUUCCCACCUCCUGCCCCCUUUCCCACUUCUGUUGUGCUGUAAUGCAGGGUGCCUUGAGUAAAUAAAAGGUAUGGCACAACUUCCUGAUCUGUAACUUAGCGCAAACCAAUAAACUAUCGUUAAUUUAAUGUA